AAGUUGACGAUUUGACACUCUGUCACUGGAGAGAUCUUCUUUUGUUAUAAGAAGAGCCGAUAAAUUCUCACAAAAAAGCUGCAACAACAAAAAUGCCAGUCUAGUGAAUACAGUGCGAUAAUGCUCUAUCACCCGCACCAACGCACUAGUCUAUCGCCGCUUUUCGCAUUGACCCUACGGGAACGUGGUAGGCCUCCAGUGCCGAGGCCAGACGUGCGGGCUGGAUGCCCUAGUACUGAGAAAGCCUAGGUGUAGGUCCUUCGCUCCGUCGCCAUUCUGUUCAAGUUCUGAAGUCUAAAAAGCUUUUGCUGACUAUUGUGGAGAUGAGCUCUUCUGCGAUUCACCAUACAGAUGUUGUGAGACAAAGAGAGGUUGCUGCUAUGACAGUAUGCUUCAUCACAGCAAGCAUUUCCGCUUGCAGAUCUGGAAUAUGUGGUACUUCUGGUUCUUGAUCAUUUUCAUGAUGAUGUCAUGCUUUGGCGGCUGUGGCUACUACCGACGGCGGCGGCUGGCUCUACUCACCCAAAGUCCCAGCCCGCCCCUCCGGCCCACACCGCGACACGUGUUGUCCCUGCAGCGACACGGCCGCCAGCGACGCGCCAACCAAGAGAGCAGGAACACAGCGGCAUACAACUACUUUGCUUACAAUGGACCCGGUGUUAUACCACCAGAGACAUCUGGCUUGCCUCCUGCAUAUGCCGAGGUUAUGAGUCAGCCGGCCAUGUAUCCUCCGAAUAAAGUAGAAUUGCCACCUUAUCCAGGUCUUGUGAAGCCAGACGGCCAAAUGAUGUACAGUCCACAAGGACCACAGGUGGACCCGAUCAGUGAACCUGCCCCGCCUCCGUACUCAGAGUUUCAGUAUGGGCCUCCUCCAUCAGAGGGGGCCGCUGCACACAUACCUACAGGCGUCCCAGCUGUAGGUCCAGAACAGAUGCCUCCAUCAACUGACCACAGCUGUCAACCGAUGCCCUCUCCUGCUCAAACGUCAGAUGCCAGUCAGGUGGCCAGUGUGAUGAAUGCUGAGGGUAGUAACAACAGUAAUAAUAACAGUACCUGUCCAUAGAUCCACUCCUAUUCCCUGCAUAUGAAAACGUCAAUGCAGGUUUCCCACUUAUCUUAUUGAACUUAUUCUAUGGCAACUGAACUUUUAACCAUGUUCUCUGCUUUGUUGUGAUCUUAAUUCAUGUAUCAGAAUAUUAUUCUGAAUAUCAUUUUUGUGAACUGAUGUCAGGGUUUCAGUAUCAGCAUUGGCUCAAUGAUCUUUUUUGUUAUACCUCCCCAAGAUUGUGAAGGGUCCCAAGCGUAUACCUGGGUGUUUGUGUUAACCCUGCUAGUGUUGAUAAUAUUAUAAAUAGACUGUGGUGUCAGAGGAAAUUAUAUGUUUUCACCAUAUUAUGCUGGAAAAAACCUGAGCAAGUAAAUGCCAUAAACUUGUACAUUUUUAGAAAGUAGAAAGUAAAUAGCAUGUAGAGCUCAUUUGUGAAAUAGUUGAUGAUAAAGAAAACAGGAUAAACGAACACAAAUAGUGACUCAAAUUAUGGCAGAUUAAAUCAGGGACAACGCCACAGCAAAGAACUCACGGCAGAUUAACUCUUUGGCUACCAGGAGGACUUUCUUUGAUUCAUCAGAGAACCAGUGAGGUGUUCUGAAUUGCGUUGGCUGCUCCUUGAGCUGGUGUGGCGGGCCUCUACGUUUGGCGUCCACUGUACCAGUGCAGUUUUUGUCCCUUGUUGACGAUGGACCUUGAUGAGUGGAAGGGUGCAACAUCUGUGGGCAUACAGAUGGUGGCGGCCAGGCAGAUCUUUUAGCUGUGUUGUAAACACUUUGAUGCCUUGGGAGGAUGUUGGAUCAGUCUCAAUGUUGUAUGCAGUUCGUGCACCGAAGUAGAUAAAAAUGUUAUACGCCUACCUCAUGACAGAAUUGCCAAUAUCAAAGGUCUUUAUAAGGUGUUUAUGGGAGUUUGCUGGCAUUGUACUGUUUGGCAUGGAACCUGCCCAUGAAGCCUAGUCACCAUUUCAUCAAGGAACAGUUUGUCAUACAGAUAAAAAGCUUCCUUGAAACUCCCCAUGAGGCUUGUCUCAAAAGGUUUAAUGUUUGCAUUAUCGUUGUCAGGAUGAGACGCGUGCAAUUUUGAUUGAUAUAUCAAGAGAAAUUUUGUUUGCGGAAACGUCAGCUUAAAUCACACUGUUUUUGUGGUUACCGUACUCCAGUACUUCUUCAUAUCACUUUGAGACAAGUGUCCCAUGGCAAUAAUCAGUGCCAGGAAUUGGUAGAAAUCUGUACAAGCAAUCUGUGCUUCCAUUCAUUGUUCGCUGAUAUCUUGGUUGGAGAAGUUGUUUGGAUCUUAAACGAUACACAUUCAUUUACAUUUUUGAUGAGCUCAUCAGUGAUGGCUGUGUUUAGUAAUGUAAGAAAACAAUCAAGGGGGGACAGAUCAUCAUCAAGUGGUGCUUUCAGGCCCAGAUGCAUUUUUUCAAAAGAGGGAGGAACGGAAGUCCAUAUUUUCCUCAAUAAUAUCUCCACCCUAGAUCCAUUUACUUCUUUCGCUGAUUUCGAUCUGAAUGUUGAAAUUCAGUCAUAUUUCACGUAACUGACGCUUUGAUCAAAACAAAAAAAAGGGGGGAUAUUUUCGUUUCGUAAAUCUUUUCCAAGUUCUCUAGUAGCAAUAAUAAGUCCUCGUGAAUGACAGAUGAAGUUAAAAUGAAAUAAGACAGAGGAUGGAACGUCAUCAUUGCCGAUACAUUGGCAAUAUGUCCGCAAGGAGUGUGGAUUCUUGCCGAUAUAUUGGCGAUGUGUCUGGAAAGAGUUAACUCUUUAGGUGGUGGAUUAUCAAGGCUACAGUUGUUCCCCUCAGUGGUGGAUUAUUUUGAGGCUAUUCUAUUAUGACCCAGUGGUGUUAAAAAACAUUGUUUUAAAAAACCUAUAAAAGAUAAACACACAUAUCAUGAACAAAAAUAGUGAUAAAUAAAUGAACUAUAACAUGAACACUACUCCUAGCAGCCUAACAAGCAAAAAAGAUUUUUGUACUCACUUUGUGCUGAUCUACGAGAAAUUCUCCAUUUAUUUCUCGGUUUGUACUCCAAUUUUGUGUGAAAAACUUCAAAGCACUUGGGAAUGCAGAGGAAAACCUUGCAGUGCUUGCAUUCAAAAGAUGUUUGUGUCCUUUUGCAGCCAUUUCUGGCAGAUUUGGGAACAUUGCAUACCACACAGUCUCUCAUCGAUUUCUGUUGCUUGGCUCCAGGCUUCGGCUCACAACUGUUGAAAGUGAGGAAAAUUUCGAUUCAGUCUCUCUGGCACCUCAGAUAAUUUCCUGCCACUACUGGAGGGUCUGGGAUUUCCUGGUACAGCCAACAGCAAAUAUUUUACAAUCUGGCUCCUAAAUUCAAAGUGAUCGACAGGAUUCUAACUGUCUUCUUGUACAAAAUAUAAGAAUUGCAUAAUAUAGCGCAAAAAAGUGCCUGAAAAAUUUCCUCCACCGUUUGACAGACCAUCGAAUGCAUGCAUAGUUCCUCAUCAGUUGGUCACUGAGAUCCACCCCUCCCAUGUUCUUUACCUACUGAACAAUCACUUCAGGUUUUACUGUUGGGUUGCCUUCGUGGUCCUUUUUGGUAAGAGAGACGAGAUUUGCGUCGUGGAUGGUGGACAGCUUAUGAAUGUCUCGCUUGUCCAUAUGUCUGAGGACAAGUAAGUUGUCUCUCUGCCUAAAAAUUAUUUCUCCUUGUGAGAGCUUGAUACUAGCUUUUUUCUUUAUUGCAUCAAGCAUUUCUUUUCUGUUGGUCCUCACUGUGCCGCAUGCACCAGUGCCAAGUCGAUACAGCUCAUCCAAGAGUUCCGGUGACACGUGAUAGUUGUUUAAGUAGACAUGGUGCCCUUGGUUUAGCAGUCAACAGUAAGCGAGUAAUCUUACUACUAGCUUAGUUGUGGUACUACACUACUCUGACGAACUAACCAAAGAAGCUUCUGCCCCGUAAUAAACAUUCAUAGCCAACAAAUACCUAGACUCAGACUCACAGACUUCAUAUAUUUUUUUCCGAACUUGGCUGUUUUUUGGAUUGUAGACCUUGAAACAAAGGCGGCCUUUGAAAUCUCAUGUAGCUUCAUCGAAACUGAGAUUUUAUCCUGGUGAGUACGCAUCUACAAACUUUUGUCUGAGGUGGACAAGGAAUGGUCUGACUUUGAACAAAGAAUCGGUUUUGUCAUCACCUCUGUUGUCAACAAGAUGGAAAUAUGACAGAAUGUUCUCAAAACGUUUGAGAAACAUGUGCGUCGAGAAGAAAGGCGUGUGGAUGAUUGAAUCUGUAGACAAAAUUUUAUCCAAAUCAUCUUUUUUUCCAACUCCUGUGGCAAUUAUCAGAGCUUAAAAGGCUCUCAUCUCACCUUGGGCUAUUUCUUUCCAGCUGAGAAUACGGGAGUUGGGUGGCAGAUCUCAUGUCACAUCUCCUUUUUGAGCAGCAUAAUUAUUGGUUUGGUUACACCAGUCCUGAAUUGUCUCUUCACUUAUGAAAUUACUUAAAAAUUCAAAAGGCUGAGGAUCAUCACUCAGAGGCAUUUUUACUUGUGAUUGACCAGUCAAUGCUCAGCAAUUGGUGGGGUCGACUCACAAAUCCAUCCUUCAUUCUCAUCAGAUUUGAAACAUGGUUAGUGCCUGUUUGUUGAAUCGGUUCAGGAGCUAUAAUAUUCGAUUCAUCAACAACUGGCACACUUAUUUCACCACUAGUUCCAGAACUCUCAUUCUCACCAUCAAAGUCAUUAUAGAUUUCAUCCUGUAAUCAUUGAAUAUUUGCAUUAGAUUGUCGCUGAGUCGCUAGUGUAAAUGUAGAGGCAUCCAUCUUGACGGCGCAAAAUAUUUGAAAAGAACACAGAGUCGAAAUUGCAUUCAUAAAAGUAGUGAAAAAUAGGUACAGAUUCCGAAUUUGCGCACAAUACAAAGGAAACUCAUUUCCGGAGCAUUUACCGGUGUUAUAUUGCUUUGUAUACCCUUCGGCUCCGCCCGCAAGGUUAAGUCCUUUUCUGUUAGCCAAAUAAAUGUGUGCUUGGAUUUUUUCCCAAUUUAAAAGCUAAUUUUGAAGCCAAAAUUCCAAGCAGCAAAACAUGGCUUGCGGUCGCAAAUGAAGGGUGGCACAAGCCGUAAAAUGGGGCUUGUGGUAGUUAAAGAGUUAAUCAGCUAUUGACACUAGGAGGGUUAAUGCGCAAUGGUGUGCAAGUGUUUUUGUGAAUGUGUGUUUGUGUGUGUGUGUCUGCUGGUUUGUUGGGAAUAUCGAAAAGUAAAAUAGUCAAAAAUCUGCAAAGCCAGAUAAACUGGGCCCAAUUCAAAGCUUGGCAUUUAAUUUGUGCAAUAUUUCCAAAAUUAUUAAUGGAAGGUGGAGGGUUUUUGGCAUUUUACAAAAGGAUUAAUGUGGAUAUCAGAAUUGCUUUGUUGUGACUUUUCCACCCUUGUUCUUUUGGCAGAGAUGAGAUGGAAAGAUUUGAUGGACCUUUCCUUUUCAGUCAAUACAUUGUCUUGCAAAUUGGUCUUUGAUUACACUUCUGUGUCAUAAUAAGUAUUUUUUGGCAAGAAAAAUGUGUAGUGCAGUUAAUGCCUUAUAAGGCAAAUUAUUUGACUAAUUCGACUUGUUCUAUGAAGGAGGCGGAUUAUAUAAAAUGAAUGUCAUGAAAUGCAUGGUAAAUCCUCAAGUGCUUUGUUUGCCUUGGAUGCUAAUGUUUUGAACUGCCCUCAGAACUUGAGCACAUUUUUUCCCCUCAAAGAAAAGAUUUGAUAUUUUUCUCUUCCUCUGGUGAUUUGCUUCCUCCUCCUACCUCAUGUGAGGGCCUUUAAUGUGCUUGCAAUGUUUGAGUCUCUGUAUUAUCCCUGAUAUACACACAUUAUCAUUUAUGAUUAUACACAUCAUGCUUGUGAGUACUUUACUUCUCUGUAGCAGUGAUGCAUUAUUAUUUCUAUUUGAGGAAAGGGUCUCCCACUGUGCAUUUUACACAGAUUUGUUUGCAUGUUUUUUUAUAAAGGAAUGAAACAAGAGUAGAUCUCCAAGCUUUUCAGAAUUUAGCUAGAAGCUACAUAUUAACUUAGACUUUCUGAAAUUACAUACAGAAUUUUGAAGUAUUUGGUUCAGAGCAGCUUUCAAAAAGCUCGGUUAAAGCACAUCAAUUCUAAACUUCAUUAAAGAGCUGGGAAUGCACAUUAGUAGCAUUGUUUGUGAUGCUCAGUGAAGGUUUUAUACUUGAUCCAGACUCAUAAUCAGAGUAAAAGCUAAUUUAAUAGAUCCUAUAUCUCUGUCACAUACUAGUCAUUGAAAAACUAUAUUUGUUUUAUGUAGCUGUCCUCUUUCCUGGUGUCACAGAAGCUCUGACCAGGGACAUUUCCUGUGAACCAGUGUUGUGUUUAAGUAUAAUGGUAGAGGGAGUGAGUUUUACUGGUUAUUCCCUCUGUUUUGUGUCAUAUGGAUCUUUGUUUCUGUAGGGUUGAUACUCGUUUUUUUGUUUUAUUUUUGUUUUUUAUUAUUGUAUGAAUUACUAUUGUAAAAGGAGGAUUGUAGGACCUGCCUUCUCAACUUUCUUUAUGAUUUUGAUAUUCUUGCCAAACCGAUAUCUCAUUUUUUCAACUGAAGUGUGACCUUUACCCUCUUUGCUGCAGUCAGAUUUGAAGACUAUGCAAAUCAUUUUGUCUAUUCCUGUACUUGUUGUUACAAAGACUUUUUAUUUCACUUAAACCAUGGAUAUUUGUGCACGUGUUUGUUACUAUACUAUUGCAUUUAUAUAUAUGUAUUGCUAUAUAUAAGUAUCAAUGUGCAAGUCUCAUUUGACAAAGGAAGAGAGUCCAGUGUAAUAGGAUUGAUUUAUCUUUGUUUAACCUAUAUCCUUUGUACUUUAUAUUCACAGAGGACUCCUUUCCACAAAGUACUUAGUCGGACUUGUAAUGUUACUUAGGAAAUAUAGAGGGCUUUUUUGUGCUGAAUGGAAAAAGAAACGUAAGUUUUUAAUUCCAGAGGUGUCGGGGCUACCUUAUUAGUUACUGGAUUUUUUAUCCACAGAAAAUGUUUUGGGAUUUUUGCGACUAACUGAUAAGUCUUGCUGUCACUUCUUUGGAUUAUAUCCACUAAAUGAAAAUUUUAAUAAAAAAAAAAAAA